GUUGGCCUCGAAUCAGAUAAUUUGAAACUUCGCCGCCUAGAUUAUACCACAUACCUCGUCGCUGCUAGAGCUCAUGGUAGGCAAGGUCCCACGACUUGAGGAAUAUUGGACACCCUCAAAGGCCAAGAGCCUCAGAGCCUCACCGCCUCACAGCCUGAGGCGGGGAGAGUGCCGUUGCUGUUGGAACGUUAGGCGUCGCCGUUAACACGGGUCCAUCUCUUCUCAAGCUCAAUCAACACCGAAGGAACCAUGGAGACGACUAGAUUAAUCUGUCCGGCUCUUUCUGAGAAUGAUGGUGUCGCUGCUCGAUCUAGCCGCGAAGAUACAUGGUCCACCCUUUUGGAUAUCCUUCUAGGCGUUUGCGCUGCUAUGGAACUGUCUCAGCAGGCUGUGGAGAGAUUCCGACACAGCUUGUCACCUCCGUCGUCUCAGACUGCCUCCAGCUGCAGCUCUUCGAAAUCAGCGGUAGAAGAAGAUUUCCAGAUCCAGAACGGUGCGAAAUGUUGGUUCUCUGGUUGGCACGAUAUGUUGGCUCCAUUCAUCUCGGAGAACAAUGCAGACUUGCCACACCUUCUCAAUCUUGGGCUGGUUGUUUAUUUUCUACGAGAAAGCCUCCGACAAUCGAGGACGAUCAACAGAGACGACCUGACAAUCCUCUGGGGUUUUGUACAUGAUGCUCUGGUCAGUCCCCAACUCACCAGUUCUCUUUCGACUCUUUCUUAUAGCGCACAAGGAUUCUUCAUAGUUCCCAUCUGCAACAUGACCGGACAAGAGGGCGAGGACGACGAGUUAUUCAGACUCCAUAUCUGGCUGCCUGACAGCCAACGAGACCCAGAUUUCUGCAUCUAUUCUUGCCAAGCUCUAGUCCAGAGUUGGAUACUCGCCGGCGACGGACAGUGUAGCUUUUUCGAGGUCGAGAAUGUCACAGACCUCGCGCACGCCACUCACGCCGAAUUCCAGCUUGUGGACGACCUCUGUCAGCAAGACAAGGACAAUCAUGACGGUCCAAUUCUUCGCAAUACAGGGCGACUGGUACAUGCGAUCAGGACAGACUCAUCAGUCCACACACUCGAUACGAGUCACAGCAUCGAACCAGGAACAUGGCAUGCCCUGGAAGUGGCAUCAGACUCAUUGCACGCCGGUAUCUUUUUACUGAAACCCCACUCGGCAUGUGGGAUCGACGCACGUAUCCUUGGUCCCAAGGACGUCGACAAUCGAGCUCGAACUUCUGGCCAAACAGACAUCACUCCGGUAUUGCUUGCUUCCAGCAUAAAUUCUAUCCGCUUGUGGCACAUAUUGUUCGAUGACGGCAAGUGGCACGCCCGACGGUCGGAAAUGGAAGAUGCCAUGCGUGUUUUCAAUACCGCCCUCUCUCUUUGCGACACCAUUGCCGGCUUUCCAAAUGCAUCUCACUACGCCCGCCUAGUCCAUGGAGAGCUAGGAUUCACGAACAGGUGCCUCGGAAGAUAUGACCUGGCCAAAGAACAUUUGAAGGAAGCUCUCAAGGAGAUGAGCCUCACGCACCAUCGAGUCAAGGCGAGUGGUGAGUUAGGCACCGUAUUUCGUCUCCAGGGUCAACUGCUGGAAGCGAGAGCUGCAUUUCAGACCCAGUACGAGAUUGCGAAGACUAUUGGAGAUCUUCGCGCCGCGUGUCGCGCUAUUGGAAAUGUUGGUAUGACGAACUAUCAACUUUUCGAGCAGCGUCAUGACGACGCACUCCUCGAGCUUGCCAUCGAACAGCUCAAAGAACGAGUCGACCGCGCAAGACAAAUUAAGAAGGCUCUGAGUGCUGAGAAAAUGGACCCCAGAAAGAAAUUUGGCAGGCUCAAACAUGCUUCAGUAUGGGAAUCGGUUGGCUUAAACCGGCUAUCGCUCUGCUACACCGCCAAGGGCAAUACGAAAGAAGCUUUAACCGUGGCGGAAGAAUCGCAAAUCAUCAAAAUCGAACCGAAAGAUCCUACUGUGAUUGCCAUGUCGCACUUCUUCUAUGGACGCGCGCUGCUCCGAGGCGGACAGCCAAAAGCAGCGAUGGAGCACUUCAAUGCAUCGGAUGCGUGCACGCCCGCUAUUGCGCUGUGCAAAGAACCUUCUGAAGAAAAUCGCAAGUACUUGCAAGAGUUGGUCAAUGCUGGAGUAGACAUGGACCAAGUCGACGAGUACGGUUAUACCGCAUUGGAUUAUGCCGUAUUCGGUAUGGACGUUGUUAUGGAAGGGAUCAUCCUCGAAGGCCUCCGUCUCACUCUGAAAGGAGACAUUGAAGGGGAAAUCCUCAAGCGCCAAUAUGAGUCCAGGCUUCGAAAAACCUAUCGAGAACUUUUCCACGACAAAAUGCGUCCAGUUCUCUUAAAGGGGGGUGCUGACACCUUGCAAAAUCUUCGCACCGUGUACGCUGCUGCACUCGCAGCGAGAGAUCAAGAAGCCAUGAAACAAAGAUUUGGCACACUGAAGUGUGUGCGUUAUUCCGACUUCCUUCGCUGCGGUGGACUCCCAAGGUAUUGUGAUGGUGUCGCAAUCGACUUGUCGUCAGAGCUUCAUCCACCUCAAAGAGUUGCGAGCGAGUUCAUUAUAUUUUUCUCGUACAGAUGGAUCAAUAAUGAAGGAGAUAUUUCCCUUCCGGAUGACGCAGAGAAUACGCAAUACCAUCGUAUGGUCCAUGCCACGCAAGAUUUUCUGAAAAUCCAUUCAGAAGUGAAUCCCGACAGGCUGUGUAUUUGGCUGGACUAUGCUUGCAUCGACCAAGACGACCCAACGCCUGGUGUGACAGCUCUCCCGCUAUUACUCGCACAAUGCAAUGCUGUCAUCAGCCUCGUCGACGACGACUAUUAUAGACGUGCAUGGUGUGUGUUGGAAACAGUGAUGAUACGGACUCUGGAGAAGUCAUACCAAAAGCACAAGUGGUACGAGUAUGCUCCAAAGAGCGCGUGCUCGGACAGGAAAGAGUGGACGCUUCGGGCGGGACCAUUGAACUUGGACAUUACUGCUGCAGACAAAAGGUUGACGGUCGAGGGAGAUCGUCCCAAGAUCUUAUUCUUGGAGCGGCAGACUCAGCUCUUGAAAUGAGGAAGUUCUCUACCAGUUUCAGCUUCACAUUGUGGAAAGUGUUGCGCAAGAUGUGAUCUGGUUGCCAGCCUCUCGCUGACAAAGUGACCACGCCUUGGUUCAAAUGAAGACACCUCUACUCACAGUUCCUGAUGCGGACCACCCUGGCAUUGAAGUGUCUCAACUUCAACCCUCGAUUACCGAAGUCCUUAGACAGUAUCAAGAUGUCCCCCGGAACAUGGAGCACAAGUGCCACCAACGCGUGGUCAAAGCUUAAUACCCACGAGGACCUUGGAAGAGACCGCUAUUGCACCAUCUGAUGAGCUUCAUCUGGACCAUUUUGGCGCAUCUGGAACCCAAUUUGACGAGGACCAAGACCCAAGCAAUCUAAAGCCUCCUAUAGGAUAUAUUUCACCACGGGUUUCCACCCGACAACAAGUACUUCCU